AUGGCACAGCUACAGCCACAGAGUCCGCAGACGGCGCCGCGCAUCAACGCAACCCGCCCCGAGAACCUCAACUCGUCGUCGAAGCGCACCUCCAAAGCCCAGCUCCUCCAGCAGUACGCACAGCUCCUCCCGCUCGCGCCGGCCAAGCAGUCGUAUUUGCAGUCGCUCCUCUCGGCUCUGCGACUUGCGCCGGGCCUUGCGCCGCCCGAGAUCGAGGCUGUCUGGGACGACUUGACCCAGUCCGUCUGGGUCCAGGAUGAGGCCAGCAUGAUGCGGUUGUGGAAGCAGGGGUUUUUUGGCAAGGGCUUCUUGAGUCGGUCAGAGCCGAGCUGGAAGCGCCGAGUACAGAACAGGCGUGCAGAACUCGAGGGUCGCGAGAAGCGUUUGACGUCCGAGGAGAUCACCGCCUUGCGGCGAAUCGAACGAAAGGGCACGAAGCUGGCCAAGAAGCUCGAGCGGGAUCAAGAACGCUUCCUCGCCGCUUCCGCCGCAGCCUCGUCCGUCGGUUCAGCCCCCGGCACACCCUCGACAUCCUCUUCAGUUCUGCCCGCGACCGAGACGGACGAGCUGGAUUCCCGACUGGAGAAGAUUGCGGAGGAACAGGAAGAGGCAGCGGCCGGUCCUUCCGCGGCAGACAAGGGCAAGGCAAAAGCGGAGGACCAGGACGCAGACGAGGACAUCGAGAAGGAGGAGCCGCCUGAAGAGUGGCAGCUCGGUGCCGAGCACUCGCAGCUCCAGCCCGAAGAGGCCUUCUUCCUUGUCUUCGCAAUCGGCUGUCUCGCCUUGACCGGUCCCUCCGAUCACUCGCCAACCGCCUCGAAGCGUCUCACUAUCCUCGACACCCUCCGCCUCUUCCUCCUCACAUCCUGCCCUUCGCUCCCUCCAUCUCUCGCCCUCGCACCCGAAUCGGACCCCCGUCUGAACCGCCUCGACUCGCCUUUCUUCCUCUCGUAUGCCGCCUACCACCACUACCGAAGCCUGGGCUGGGUCGUACGGAGCGGUGUCAAGUUCUGUGUCGAUUGGGUGCUGUAUGGACAAGGAGGACCUGUCGGUGGGCACGCAGAAUUCGCAGUCGUGAUCGUGCCGACCUACGUCACUCCCGCAGACUCUGCCUCGAACCCCUUCCGCUCAACCUCGACUUUCGCAGUCGACCAAGAUCCGGACGCAAGAGACGAAGAGCACCGACGCGGCGAGGGCGAGCGGAAGAACAGCUGGAGAUGGUUCCAUACGAUCAAUCGAGUGUGCAGCGGUGUCAAGAAGACGCUCGUCUUGCUGCACGUUGUGAUCCCACCUCUCUCGUCGCUACCCUCGGAGCCGAAUUGGGUCGCCAACAACCCCGCGCAGGCGCUGGCAAAGUUGGACAUGCGCGAAGUCGUGGUCAGGCGGUUCUUGGCGGGCCGUAUGAGGGACUGA